AUGGGUGGCACAGACUGCCGAGUCAUUGUGCCGUCUCGAUGCUACUUCAAACCAUCAAAGUUGCGUCCCCUUGAUGGUGCUAGAGUCAGUGUCAAAGACAGUAUUGACAUUGCGGGCCACAAGACCACUCUUUGCAACAGAUCAUGGAUUGAGCUUUAUCCGCCCAAGUCCAAGACCGCAGCCUGCAUUCAAGUGCUUGUGGACGCUGGCGCUGUGAUUGUUGGUAAAGUCAAGCUGCAAGCAAUGAUUAUGAGAGAGGAACCUCUGGAAUGCGUCGAGUUUUCAGCCCCCUUCAACCCUCGCACCGACGGAUAUCAGGUCCCUUCAGGAAGUAGCCAUGGAAGCGCAGCGGGGAUCGCUUCAUAUGAAUGGCUCGACUUCUCCAUUGGAUCCGAUAGUACGUUCCACUUACUUCUGAAACCCAAGGUAGCUAACAAUACGAUACUAGCCAACGGGAGUGGUCGGAAACCUGCUUCGUACAAUGGAUGCUUCUCAAUCCGUCCAUCCACAGGCAUCAUGAAUACAGAAGGAGUAGUGGGCUAUUUUCCGCCAUUCGACAUGCCGGUCUUCUAUGGAAGAGACAUCUCCAGGUUCUCAGAGUUCAUAUCGGUGUGGUACGGAGACUCUCCAUCGCUUCACGCUCCCUCCAAGCUACCUGUCGAGGUCCUCUACCCUUUAGAUUACCUUCUAACAUCGAACGACGCUCAGACUCGUUUGAUCGAUUUAUUCAUCUCAGGUCUAGAGGCAGCCUGUCACGUCAAAAGAACGCCUAUAUCGCUGGCGGAACAAUGGGAGAAGGAUUUUCCUGAUGGAACUAAGCAUAAUAUAUUGCGGAGUACCUUGAAACGGUUUGUUUGGGACCAGAAAGCUCUUUGUGGCGAUUACUAA